ACAGUCAGAAUGACAAUACACUAACCAACAUAUGGUCAUAACAUUUCUUUCACACCCUCCUCUUUCCACGGGCAUUAAUUGAGGACAACAGAGCUGGUUGAACACACUCAGAGCUCUGACAUAUUAAUAACAUUAUGCUUAAGGAGGUGUUAUUAGGUGUUCUUGGAGGAGCAGCGGCUCUUACUGUAGGAAUUCUGCUGGGACACUUUGCCAUUGAAAAGGGCAGUUCAGCGCCAGAGUGGGUCAAGGAUGCAUCUCAAGAUGUGGAUGAAAGUAUCAUUAAGAAAUUCCUUGCAGAACUGGACACCAAUGAAAUUAAGGAGAACCUCAGGGAGCUGACUAAAGUUCCCCACAUGGCCACCACGCCUGGAGAUGAAGCAACCGUUGCGUUUAUGCUGAAAAGAUGGCAAGACCCCAAAACAGGCUUGGACAGUGCAUGGAGGGAGGACUACAAGGUGUAUCUGUCAUUCCCAAACAAGGAUAACCCUAACAAAGUCUCUGUUGUUGAUCCAGAAAACCAGGUUCUGUUUACAGCAAGAGAGAGAGAGAAAGCUUACAAACCUGAACAGCAGGAUCCAGAGGUGGUCCAGCCUUUCGCAGCUUAUUCACCUGCAGGAAAUGUCAAGGGAAAACUUGUUUAUGCAAACCAAGGUAAAAUGAGUGACUACGAACUGUUAAACAGAACGUUGGAUCUGAGAGGAACCAUCGCCAUCACCAGAUACGGAGGAGAAGGAAGAUCUAAAAAAGCUAUAAAUGGAGCCAUGUUUGGAGUUGUCGGGGUUCUGGUCUAUACUGAGCCAUACGACAUUAAUGACGGCCUGGUGUCAGAAAGUGAAACCUAUCCUCACUCCUGGUACCUUCCUCCUUCUGGUGUUGAGCGAGGCUCAUACAACAUUGACUUUGGAGACUUGUUAACACCUUACCUAGCUGCAAAAGAGGAUACUUACAGAAGACCAAAAGAAGAAAUAACAGGCAUUCCACCAAUUCCAGCACAGCCGAUAGGGUUUGAGGAUGCUCAAAGAUUAAUCUGUGAGCUUGAUGGGGAAGAUGCGCCUGCUGGAUGGCAAGGCUCAUUUGACUGCACAUAUAAACUCGGCGGACCAGGAUUCAAAGCCACGUCUUCCUUCACCAACAGCACUGUGCAUUUGGACACUUAUAACAUUGAGAAACUGGAAAAUUCAGCGAAUGUUAUGGGAGUGAUUCGAGGCAGCGUAGAGCCAGACAGGUAUGUGAUUUAUGGGAACCACAGGGACAGUUGGGUGCACGGAGCCAUUGACCCCAGCAGCGGUACAGCAGUGAUGCUGGAGAUCACCAGAGUGCUGGGAAAGAUGGUGAAGGAAGGGAAAUGGCGACCUCGGCGGUCCAUUAUCUUUGGCAGUUGGGGAGCUGAAGAAUUUGGCCUUAUCGGAUCUGCAGAAUACACAGAGGAGUACUUCAGUAAGCUGAGUGAGCGCACCGUGGCCUACAUCAAUGUGGACAUCUCAGUGUUUGCUAAUGCUACUCUCAGAGCUUCAGCUUCUCCAGCAGCACAGAGUGUGCUUUUUACAGCCUCCAAACAGGUAGAUGCGCCCGGGACAACCAUGUCAGUCUAUGACAACUGGAUACGUUAUUACAACAGAACCAGUCCAAACUAUGGGAUUAUACCAAAUGUGGGCUUCUUGACAGGAGCUGGAAGUGAUUACGCUGCUUUUAUACACUACCUUGGAAUAACGUCUAUGGAUAUUUCCUAUUAUUAUGACCAGAGCAAAACAAGAGCACGCAUCUACCCAGCCUACCACACAGCUUAUGACACUUUUGACUAUGCAUCUACAUACAUUGAUCCAGGUUUCACCAGUCAUCAGGCAGUCGCGAGGACGGCAGGAAAUGUGCUGCUGCGAUUGGCUGACAGUCUCCUGCUGCCUUUUAACUGCAGUGACUAUGCAGAAAGUCUGGAGCAGUACCUCACUCAGGCCGUCACAGCCUUUGAGGCCAAACUUGCAGCUAAAGAAAUCUCUUUGGACUCCUUGAAGAAAGCUGUGCAGUUUUUCCGUGAAACGGCAGCUAAAUUGGACCGUUUGAUAAGGGAUUCAGAUCUUGUAAAAGAAACGCCCCUGAAGGCUCGUCGCAUUAAUGACCAGCUCAUGCUGCUGGACAGGGCUUUCCUUGACCCGUUAGCGUUCCCUGACAAAUACGCUUUCAGGCAUGUGAUUUGGGCAUCGAGGUCAUCAAGUGUGGCCACUUUCCCCGGCCUGGCAGAUGCAGUGGAGAAGGCCGAGAGCAGCGGGCUGAAGGAGGACUGGGAUCAGGCUCAUAAACAAUUAUCUAUCGUCACACAAGCCAUUGCAGGAGCUGCACACACACUGGAUGAUGUGAUUUAAUGUGCACUGAACAAUAGACUUUAUAAGAGCACUCUACUUUUUUGGGAAAUAGGCUCAUUUUAUAGGUCCCCUAGAGUUAAACCAGGGUUGAUCAUACUCGAUCCUAGAGUGCUGGAGAUGUGCAGAUUUCAGCCCCAACUUGUCUCAACACACCUGCAAGGAUGUUCCUAGAAAGCCUAGUAAGUGCUUGAUUAGCUAGCUCAGGUCUGUCUGAUUAGGGUUGGAACUAAAGCUGCGGUCACACUGCUCUUUUCUCCCCAUAGACUUUCAUUCAUUCAUACGCACAUGAAUGUGUCAGACCAGAAACGUAAGGUUGUGCGGUAAGUUUCACAGAUCGCUGCAUUGGAAAGUUCAAGCUUUGUGAACUCUGACCUGUGAAAUCGCAUCAUAUGAUUGCAUGAGACCAAUCGAGGAUCAAAACAUGGCCUCUCUGGACCGAAAUUUAAAACAUGGACCAAUCGCUAAAAUGUUGCUAUUAUCUAGGUCGAUAUGGCUAUAGGAACUAUAUUCUCAUUCUGGCGUAAUGAUCAAGGGACUUUGUUGUCGUACUAUGACUGCAGUUCCAAGCCAUAUCACCCUAGAAAAUAGGAAGUUUUUUAUUUUGAAAUGAGCCUAUUUCCAAAAAAAUUGAGUGCUCCUUUAACAUCCAGAAAGGAAAAUAUAAUAUAUUAAUUCAGCUAUUUGAGUUGCUAAACAGCAUGAGGAUGUACACAGGGAGUGUAAAUCUUUAUUUCAUGUACAAAUGUGUUUUUGUUUUAAUAUUUCUAGAGGAUAACAGUUGUUAGAAAUAUCAUUCCUAGGAGAAGUAUUCUAUUCUAACUAUUCUUAAUGCACUAUUAUGAAGGUGAAACCUUCAAAAACAAUAAAUAAAUAAAUACAGAAAUAUAUAAAUAAAUGAGUAAAUAAAUCCAUACAUUCCUGCAUAAAUAAAACAAUAAAUAAAAAAAUACCAAUAAAUAAAUAAAUGUAUAUAAAAAAAUCCACAAAUUUCUGCAUAAAUAAAUAUAUAAAUAAUUAAUAGUGCGGGCAGGUAAAUAAUUAAAUCAAUUACACGAAUGUUGGGGGAAUAAGAAAAUGCUAAACUGAAAGUUUAUUUUUCCCUCCUUUCAAACGUUUAUUCCUCAAGUCAAUAUGCUAAUGACAGGGUGUCUGUCAAUCAUCAGAAGCCAGGCAAAAAAUGGAAUGCUAAAUUUUUCUAAUGGUCAACCAAUGACGGCAUAAAGACCACCUUCUGCUGGUUGACAGACACCCUCUCACUAGCAUGUUGAGCUGAGGAAAAG